AUGUCAGAAUAUGGUGGUUAUAGAUAUUUAAUAAAUAUGAAUUCUGUUGAAUUUAGUAUACAAGAGGAUGAUUCAUUAAAUAAUUAUGACUGUGAAAAUGAAUUAUCUGAUGAAAUGAAAUCUUCAAAAGAAAAUGCUGGAUCAGAUGAAAAAGGUAAUGAUAAUGACAACAUUAUUGUUACUUAUAAUAAAAACCUUUUUCAUCUCAAUUGA